GUGCUUCCGCCGGAGGUGGUGGUUGCCUGGAAACAACUUAAAACAACCUCCCUCGUGGAAUGUUUCGCUGUACCGUCAGCAAGCUUGCCGCUGUGUAAAUAUGGAAGAUACUGACUUUAGUAACUACGAUAUCGGUAGAUUGCGAGCCGAGCUUGAACAGGAAACAGAACUUAAGGAAAUGCUUGAAGUGUCUGUGUCUGAGCUAAGAACUACCAUAGUACAACUGGAGAAGAGACUGCGUAAUGUACAAGACGAAGAGAGCGAGUGGAGGACCAGGUUCGAGACGCAGCUGGAUCUGAACGGCCAGCUCGAGCAGCAGAUCUGUCUCGUGCGGGAGAAGCUGGAGGACCUCCGAGGAAAUCCUGACGACCGCUUGUCCUCCAUACGGGCGUACGACGACAUGCCGGCGGACGCCCUGAAGCGGAUCCUGGAGCAGCUGGCCCGAGACAAGGCCAGCCUGCAGAACCAGCUGACGGACUGCGGUCGGAGGAUCGUACAGGAGGCGAAGGCGUACCAGAGAGCCAACGAAGAGAGGCGUGCGUACCAGGCGGAACUCGCAAAGGCUUCGCCAGCCCUGGGCCCCUGCAGGAGGCAGCAGCAGAUGGCCAGGCCUCUGGAGGCAGCGGACAGCGGGAUGAAGAGGGCUCUCGCCACGCAGACCCUGGAGAUGGCCGCGCGCGAGCCCGUCGGGAAGCCCGCGAGGACGUCUACGACCUCCAGCCGCCUGCCAAGGUUAAAGCGCUGAGUCUGAGCGGGGGGAGCGGUUACAGAGAGGAGACCGCGGCGCGGUCGCCAUUAGCAUGUGAGGCCCGUUCGUUUCUCUCACCACACAGUAUCCAGACGUCUCCGGUCAAAGCUAAUUUGCAGUUGCUAAUUUUUUCCCACUUGGAAGUGUGGAGACGACUGGCGGCGAACGUUAGCUUGCGAAACAGAAGCUGCGGUAUAUCCAAUUCACAUCGUGUUCAAAGCCCAGUGGCAGUUGGGAAUUUUAAGCAGCUCGAAUGAACAGGAAUGGCAGCUGUUCUGAAUAGGUUUUGGCUCCAUUAACGUGUAGACUUACAGUAUUGCUAAACCGAGACACUGUUUACUCAACGCUGGUUAAAAUAAGACGCUAAUUACCUGUACAGAACGUGUGAUGAACAAUAACCCCGAUCAGUGCCUUUUUUCGAUUACGUAUCUUGGCUUCACCUCUAGUUGUAAAAUCCCCACAAAAAAUCCAGUCCGAGUGCAUGUGAUUUUGGAUGCACCUUCCACACACAUACACACUGUGGAAUUUGCCUUUGAAUAUCAUGCAUAUAUAUAAUGUAAUAUAACCCCAGUGAGAAUCGCACCUCUCCCGCAAACACCUGUCAUGCAGUAAGAGGUGCGGAAACACUCUGUGAUUAAUUCUUUUAUGCAAGCGUAAUGAUUUUGUACAACUUGUAACCAAUAAUACCUGACCCACAUAAUGCCCCAAAAUGAGCUAUGCAGAAAAUCCUGCCUGGAGAUGCCUUACAUUGGCCUUCCUGUUCCCUCUUGUAUGAGUAGCACCCCAAGCAGUCGUUGUUUUUAACCUGUUUAUAGACUAUUGCUUUGGUCAGAGGCAGGUUGGGAGGGGGUCUCUCAUUGUUUCUUUCCACGUGUUUUAACCCUAUAAUGUGUGACAUCACAAGUAUGCGAUUAGAAUGUUCUUCGCUGAACAUUCUAAUGCUGAUGUCACAAUCACUACUGGCGAUUGAAAGCAACCGAGUUCUAGAACACUGACUUAGAAUGUUGAAAAGAACAUUCCAAAAAAAAAAAAAAAAAACCUACUCUUCAAAGGACUAAAGUGACUUAUGGGUCGUGACGGCCAAUCCAGCUAAGUGCACUGCGGCGUUCUCUCACGCGGUUGCGUGUGCCUGUCGGAGUGGGAGUUGCGCGGGAGGGGG